GCGCAUGCGUGCUCUCACAUAAUACGUACUGGGAAUUCUCCGGCGGGUUAAUACUGCGCCGUCCAAUGAGCGCGGGAGGAGGCGUGACUUUAGUCUUCCACUUCCACGCCUCUGUCUGUCUCCAUGGUAACGACAGGACGCCGUGGAGGACGGAAACCGAUACGGCCCGAAUUAAGGACUUAUAAUGAAUAAAUACAAGGUCCUGGAAGAAUGGGGCGCUGGAGCUUUUGGGGUGACCUGUCUGGUGGAGGAGUUAGGAGGAGGAGCAAAGAAAUGUGUUGUUAAGAAGGUGGAGUGUAUUGAUGAACGGGAGGGAAAUCUCGCCCUGGAAGAGGCUAUGGCAUUGCUGGAGCUUCAGCACCCUCAUGUAUGUGCCUAUCAGGAGUUUUUUAUGGUCUGGGAUCAUAAGAUCUCAUCGCAGUUUUUUUGCCUGGUGAUGGAUUACUGCGAUCAGGGGAACCUGGAGCAGAUGGUGCGAGAUAACAGACGAGAGGGGAGGAUCAUAAAUGAAAAAAUCAUUCAGAGAUUUCUCGCUCAGGCCAUCGAGGCUUUAAUUUAUGUUCACAAAAAGCGCGUCCUCCACAGAAACCUCAAACCAAGUAACAUCCUCCUGAGGCGGGAAGACUUCUUCGUCUUAAGUGACUUUCUUCCUCAGACGUUGGCAACAGAUGAAAUGAAGAUGAAGAUAAGAGUGGAUCCCGAGAGAAAAAUAUUCAUGGCUCCAGAAUCGCUAGAAUUCCUGUAUACGGACAAGUCGGACGUCUGGUCUUUGGGGUGUAUCUUACUGGAUUUGAUGAUGACGUCCGCGAGGACGGACCCUGAGAUCAUUGAGCUCUUGGAGAGGAUAAAGUUGGACCCACCGUACUUACGUGUAAAUUUAGAUUUAAUUCAGUACAAAGUCGGUUACUCAGAGGAGCUGUUCCGACUGCUACCAAAGAUGCUACAAAUUCAUCCUGAGGAUCGCCCCUCGGCUAAUGACUUGCUGCGUGAGCCUUACGUCAUUGAGUGCUUGGUUUUGAUUGGUUCUCCCAUGUCGGGUUUGAAGAAGGUUCUGCCCCCUGGUGUUCUAGACGAGAUUAAAGAUGGCGGUAUAGAAAAUGUAAUAGGGCUCAUGAAGAGGUACCCCGACUUCGAGGAGGCUCAGUUAUCAGCACUGAAUCGCCUGAUCAAUUAUGAUUCAGAUGGAGAAGGGGUCUUGGACACAGGCGACACAAUGCACCUCGUCUCGCUGGCUAUGAGGACGCACAAGGACUCCAGGGUACAAUGGGAGGGCAGCCGAGUGCUGCAUAGACUGGUAUCGCAAGCCUUGGAACAAGAAGAUCGUGAGCAGCUCUUGUCUGGAGAUGAUCUAGUCAUUACUUUGGUGGAAGCAGCAAGGACUUCUCCCCAGAAUGAUGAGCGAAUAUCUGAUAUCUUCAGUGUGAUGAUGAUGGCGAUUUCAGUCAGUGAGCCGGCAGUGGAGCUGCUAAGGAGAACAGGUUUCGUCUCAGAUCUAGUCAGAAUUAUGGAGACAUCACUGGAGAACAGAGACUUGUGUCAGUCCUGCUGUGCUCUGAUAUGGUCCUUGGCUAUGACUGAGAACCAAACAGAUGGGGAGUGUCUGAAGAAAGCCGUACCGGUAGUCUGCACCGCGCUUGAGAAAUACCGCACUGACGGACCGCUGGUGGAAUCGGCCUGCACCGCCCUGUGGAUCCUCGGGAUGAAAGGACAUAUAACGGAGGAACAGACUGAAUCCAUAACAUUACUCCUCCUGGAAGCCCUGCGAGCGCAUUCACCGCGUCCCAUCCUGUCUAAGAACGUCUGUUUGGCGCUGACUGGUUUGGUGGUGAAUUCAGAAUUGUCCGCUUAUCGCGUGCUGGUGCCUGCGGCGGGGAUGAGCGGCCUUCCUCUAAUCAAAGAGCUUUACCGAUUACACGACGAUGACCCCGAAAUCGUGGAGAACAUCUGCCUGCUGCUCAGUGAAAUGGCUCAUUAUGGCAGCGCUCGUCCUGAACUGGUAUUACAACGCGUGGAUCAGCUGAUGGCUGAAAUCAAGGAGCGCUAUGACUGCCUGGAGGAGAUAACGACACUGGCAGACGCCACACUGUCAAGAUUGAAGACUUAACGUAAUAAGACGCAUGACUUAUACAAGUAAAGAUUGUAUGUUUUGUUUGGAAA